AUCAGAACUGAUGACGGCUCGUGACGAGAGUGAACGAGAGGAAACAUGAUCAUUAAUAGUGACGCGCGCGCGUGCUCCUGGACAGAUGCUCGCUCCCGUUCGGCGGCUGCAGCGCGAGGUUGUUCUCGUUCUCUGGGGUCGUCGCCAUGGCGACCGCGCUAUUCUCCGCAUCUGUGAACGUUUAAGCGUUAAUCAGACAUGGCACGUCGUCAGGGAUCGGUUCUGCUCCGCUGCGCGGUUCUGCUGGUUCUCAGAGGCGGGAGUUCUGCUUUACCGAACCGGGCCAGCGGCGAUGCGCAACACGACACCAGCGACAGUAAUAACACCAAUAAAUACUCCAAUCAAGACUCUCUGGGAAUCACCGAGCGCUGGCCAAAGCUGCAGGACAACAGCAGUGCUGUGAGACGCUGGCGUGUUCUGGGGGACCCCGGGCCCUUGUGCGCUUACCGCACUCUCGGCGCUGAUGACCCCGAGCGACUGUGCUUCCGCUACGCCCAAACUGACUUCAGGUGCGCUAGCGCUAGCUGUCGACAGGUGAGCUCACCUGGAGGGCAACUCACGGCGAAUAUUCUGACCAACGGAAGUGUGUUCAUCCAGUGGACGGUCGCUCACGAGGCCCCGCCGAGGGGCCCCGCUCCGGGUCAGACGGGCGGGUUCAGGCUCAGCUGCUGGUGGAACGGAAGCUACACGCAGUUCGAAUGCGCCGGCGUUCAUUUAGGCUCCGGCUGCAGGGAUUAUCUACUCGACGAGCUGCACAUGAACGUGCCCUACCGGCUGUGCGUGCGGCCCUACGCCCUCGAGCGGGACGAGGCCUGCGUGGAGUUCAGCCUCGCGCCCGGCGGGAUGCAGGACAUCGUCAUCGCCAUGACGACGGUGGGCGGAGCCAUCUGCGUGAUGCUGGUCAUCAUCUGCCUGCUGGUGGCGUACAUCACCGAAAACAUCAUGAACCCGACGGCGCAGCACUCGCACAGAUCACACUUAAACACGCACCUGUGAAAACACAAGCACAAGCAUCGCCAUCAAACACCGUUAUCGUCACGCAAACACACACGCACACUUUCCUACAACUCAGGAGCGGAAUCCAUGUCAAACUCCUGAGAUGCACUUUCACGACACUACUUACCGGCUGUGUUCGGAAUAGAGUACUUACCUACUAUUUAACGAAUACUGCGCGGCACUGUUCUGAAAUGUCAGCGUGCUACCCAUCAUGAUGCAUGUGAGUGGCGUCCAGUUCGUAGAAAAGACAUGUUGUAACGCAAUUUAACAUUUUGGCAAUCACGUAAGGAGUCUUGAAAGGGGAUACAGUGUACCGCAGAAAUAGUAGGAAUAAUAUGACAGUAUGCUCUUCCGAACAUAGCCAUCCCUUACGAAAAUUAACCAGGGUUUUAUUGUAGUAAAAGUGUACAGUAUAGUGGUGUAUCGAUAACCAUCUGCAUAACCACAGUUUUACUACAAAUACCACGGUUAAACUAUGGUUAGCGCUGGAAAACCAUGUGGUUACCGUGGUUUUACUAUAGUAACCAUGGUAAAUGUUCAUAAGGGAUACGCUUAGCUAUACACCGACAAGCUUUUUCCUGUGUUUAUGUGCAUUUUCAUCUAUAGUCUCGUUUAAUAAUCCCAUUUACCAGAAAAACUGUGCACUCAUCCAUAUUUAGAAUGAUAGCUAUGUUAAUAUUUGUUUUAGAAAUGCAAAAUAACGGCAUAUGAUGGCUUUGUGUAAGGUAAUAACGGUGUUUUCAGGCUAGUAAGGAAGAAAAGCUGCUUCAGUUUUAUCCGAGGGACGCUGUAGUUUUGUACUCUGUGUGUCAAACCCAAUAAUUUACAGUAUGCCUUAUCUUUACACAACUCUUCUUAUUCUGAGUUAGUAAUAUUCACCAAAAUAAGGACCCACUGACUGGCUGAACAGCCAUUUGAAUACUGUGCUUUCUUCCUCUGUUAUAUAACCCUUUUGUGUCAAUAAAAGAGGGUGAAUUUAAUAAA